CCACACAACAUGGAUACCUCCUCAGUGCCUCUGCUCAACUACGGCCUGCAGUACCAGUGGUGUUCUGACUCGGAUCUCUCCAGCAUCUCCUCUUCAGAAACCCUCUCCCCUGUUCCCUCUAUGGAUUCCAGCCUCUCUCCUUCCUACCAGCAGCUGCCACAGUCCACUCCUAAAGCAGCCAAGACUGGAUAUUCCCAGACUCUCAAAUCCUCACCCUGCUCCCAUUCUGGACGUGGCCGGAAGACGGGCCGAGCCACCCGGAUGCGCAGCAAGCAGAGGGAGAGCGCCAGCGAGAAGGAAAAGCUGAGGAUGAGGGAUCUGACCAAGGCUCUGCAUCACCUCAGGUCCUACCUCCCGCCCUCGGUGGCCCCUGCCGGACAGACCCUGACAAAGAUAGAGACCCUUCGCCUUACCAUCCGCUACAUCUCCUACCUGUCGGCCCAGCUGGGCCUCAGCGAGGAGGUGCUGUUUCAGAGGAGGGAACAAGGAGACACCUCGGCCAGUGACAUGUCCUCACCUGACAUCCUCAGCUACUUCCAGCACGGGUCCAUGGGGGGACAGGGGGCCCAGCUGCAGAACCAGAGCCUGUACCCAGCCCAGUGUCACAGCCAGAACACCAUGCUGCAUUCUGGGAACUGUAGUUUUGGUGUGGAUCAGUACAGUGGACAGUACAUUGAAGCUCCUCAGGGAGACAUGAGCAUGGAUACCAUCCUGCAGUCACCUCCAGCAACACAGCCCUGCUGUCAGAUGUGUGGCAAAGACUUCUGCAUGCCGCUGGUUCCCAGAGAAUACUGGGGUUAAACACCCCAACACAUCAUCAUCACCACCAUCAUCUUCAUCAUCCAACAACAGACACAAACUCUGUUUUAACUGCCUCACUGUGAAACAAGUAAUUUAUUUAUAAUAUAUAUGCUAUACUACAUUUUAUUUAUUUUGUCCUGUGAAAUGUUCCAUGUAAAUAUUGAUAUGUCUAACAACUAUUUUUAUAUUUCUUUAUACCACU